UGUAGUAGUUUCUGUUUUAGAUGUUCUUCCCUUGCUUAAUUUGGAACAGGUACCUUUUGGAUGGCCCUGAGUCGAGCAGUGAAGGAUCGGAGGGGGAGGAAGAGGAUUUGACUGACCGUCUAUCAAGUCGACCUGAAGUUGAUUCGGACAGAAAGGUAGCACCGGCAGACCCCCGCAGGUUGCCCGCCAAGGGGCCGAGGCUCCCCCCCAGGCAGGAACCGUGGAGACCAGGCGGAGAGGACCUCGGGCCCAGCACGUCCCGGACCAACCCCAGGCCGCUGACUCCGGACGAGGAUUAUGGAGGCUCCACGGAUGAAGAUUCGCCAGUUGGUGGGAAGUGUUUUGAUGAUGAUUCUGGCUGUGACACAGAGGAUGAACUCAAGAGGGUACAGGAGCACCAUCAGAAGAAGCACAAGGCACUGAAGGAGGUAGAGAUUGACCCUUACGCUGGCUCGACAGAUGAAAAUACAGAUGUGGAGGAGAGUGGCAGCGGAGACGUGGACCUGCCCAUCCCAGAGCUCCCUGACCUCUUUUUGGGGAAACACUUCCUUUUGUACGGAGAGUUCCCCAACGACGAACAUCGGAUAUUAACCCGAUACAUCACCGCCUUCAAUGGAGCCUUGGAGGAGUACAUGAACGAUGCAGUAAACUACGUGGUCACGGCUGAGGAGUGGGACGAUCGAUUUGAUGAGGCUCUGAUGGAGAACUCGAACCUGGCCUUCGUCAAGCCCCGAUGGGUCUAUGUAUGCAACGAGAAACAGAGAAUGGUACCCCACCAGCCCUACGUUGUGGUACCCCAGCUAUAGCAGCUUGAGCAACGUUGACCAUCACACUGAACCUGGAGGAGAGCACUGGGGCUGAAGACAAGGGGGACCCAGACUCUGGCUGCACAUCAAUCCAUCAACCCUGUCAAACUACAAGAUGAACUAUUCUGCAGUUUACUGGCGCUUUGAGUGUGCAUCUGGUGAGAAGGCAAAUAGAUAAUCUUUAUGGGACAGAAGGAGUCCACUUGGCCCAUCGAAACCCUGCCGACUGUCUGUAGAGCAGUCCAUUUGGUCCCAUUCCCCAGCUCUGUCCCCAUUGCCCCACAGGUUUAUUUCCCUGAAGUGCCCAUACAAUGUCCUGUAGAAAUCGUUCAUCAUCUCUGCCUCCACCUCCCUCAUAAGCAGUGAAUUCCAGGUCAUUACCACUCGCUGUGUUUAAAAAAAAACCUUCUUCAUUGCAUUCCCUUCCCACACCUCUUGUCCAAAGCCUUAAAUUUGUGUCCCCUGGUCCUUGGUAAUGGGAACAGCCUCUCUUUGUCUACCUUAUCUAAACCCAUCAUCAUCUUGUACACCUCGAUCAGACCCCCUCUCCCUCAAUCUCCUUUGCUCCAAGGAGAACAACUCCAGCUUCUCCAACCCGCCCUUGCAGCUAAAAUCCCUUAUCCCCUGGACCCAUUCUGGUCAAUCUCCUCCGCACCCUCUCAAGGACCCUCACCUCCUUCCUGAAGUGUACCAAACACACCAGAAAUCUUGACUUGAAAGGAAAGGGGUAAACUGAGUUUGUAUAGCUUGCGACACCACUGAUCUUGAUCGAGGUCAUUUAAAGCUGUACUCGAGAUACUUUUUUUGUUGUUGUUGUUUCUAUUUUGGUGUAAAUAAAUAAAACGGAGUGAAAUUCUUCGACAUUUUCAUACAAA